CGAGUGGAGGUGAUGACGGUGGACUCGUGUCAAGGGAGCGAGUUCGAGCAUGUAGUCCUGUCCCUCGUCCGAUCCAACAGGAUGGGCAAGUUGGGGUUCGUGAAGGACAAGCAAAGAAUCAAUGUCGCCAUCUCUCGCGCCAAGAAGUCGCUGGUCAUAGUCGGCAACGAGAGG